CAUCCCUAUUUCUCACAGUACACCAUUGUUUCUAUUUUCUACACCCCUCUCUAUAUCUUUAACAUACCUCAUUGUAUCUCAAUAUCUUCCAUUAUGUAUCUGCACCUUACUAAGAGAAUGUGAAAGUAUGCAACUUGGCACCACUGUAAAAAUGGAUAUUUUUACGUGAUUAUUUUUCAUUUACUUUUCUAUUUUUUGAUACUAUAUAUUAGUGAAAACUAUGCACAGGUAUCAAUUCCUGUGGUGUGAAAGAUGACAUGAUUGACAUGGUUUGAUGAUAAAUUGAUGGGCUUAGAAAUGCAUUAGAGAUUUUAAGUCAUGAGUAAAGAUAGUGUGGCUUUUUAUCAAAAGAUGCUGUGAAAUGGGGUUAAUUUUUGACAUCUUUCUCCAAAAACUUGACACCGAAUUACCCAAGGGAUUAGUUAUUUUAAAGAUUGAUAGCAUCACACAAAUAAUUUUUAUUUCUGUUUCAGGUGCAUCCCGAUUGGAUUGGUGAUAUCAAACAGUCUUUUACUCUUCUGUUCUUCUAUAACCAUUUGGAGUUCAGUGUUUGCCCUCAGUUCACCCAUAGUAUGGUGCCUUUUGCAAGAUUUGCAAUCCCUUUUCAAAGUAUGCAGUAGAACAGACAGGUUAAAGGAGUUGGUUGCUGUUCUCCAGGAAGCUUGGCAGAUGUCCUCGAAAUCUCUACGCCUCUUACAAGAAGUGGAUCUAAUAUCACGUGGAUUUGUAUUGGCCCAAGGAUCAAGUGCAUUUAAAGAUUAUGAGGCAAAUGAAUCUCCACCGUGCACCAGCUUGCGCCAUGCCCUUGAUGGCAUGUUGGGAACUACAUCAAGACUGCUCUGUGAACUUCACACACAGCUAGCACCAAGAGCAAAGAAUUAUCCCAUUUUGGUGGGACUCUUCAGUGACCAAGAAAGAUUGGACUUUCAGACAUAUGAAAACCCAAAACAUCAUUUAAAGCACCUUAAGGAGGUAGCAAAUUUAGCAAAACUUCAGACUUCAACAAUUUUAACAGAAUUGAUAUUGAUUAUUGAGAAUCCUACACAAAUGGACAUUCUUGAGAAAGAUCAUAUUUCACUUAAACAGUUAACACAAUUGAAAAAGUCUGUGAAUGACCUCUCAAAUCAUUUAGAAUAUACCAAGGUAUAUUGGCUUCAUAACAGAAAUGAGGAAGAGAAACAUCAGACUUUAGAAAAUAAAAAAAAUUGUGUAUAUCUUGCUCUCCACAGUCUAAGUUUACACAUGCAUGCAUUUUUAUAUAAAGUACAGGAUUUAGAAAAUAAAUUUCAAAUUGAGGAUAAUGAAGCAGCUUGCAUAACAGAAUUACAAAAGGAUGACCUAAACUCUCUACCACCAUAUGAGGAUGUCAAACAGCAGCUGCAGUUGAUUAAAGCUGAACUAGAUUCUUGUCAGGGUUGCUGGGAAGAAGCAGUUGCAAGAGUAGAUAGAAAAUAUUGUGUGAAAUCUGAGGAUGCAUUAGAGAAAUCUUCUGAUUAUUUAUUUGAUGAAGGCAGUAGUGAAUCUCGAGUCUUGGAAACAAAGAAAAUUCCCCUUAUACUAAGUGAAAUAGAUGAACCAGUUGCAGAAGAUGAAGUAUAUGAGGCCUUCAUAGAGGAAGAAUAUUCAACAAAAUUAGAUAAGGUUGACUAUGAUGAAAGCAUUUGGAGUGCAGACGCAAAGAAAAGAAAACAGGAAAUGAAGCAUCAAAAGAAGCAAGGGAAAUUAGUUCUAAAUGAGCUUCAGCCCAUUUUGAAGCAAAGGAGAGAGAUGUGGGAGAAAAGAGAAACAGCAGCUUUAAAAAGAAAGCAGGUAAGAUGAGUAAUCUAUAUUUAAGUUGGUUUGAAUUUAAAGAAACUGUCCCACAGAUGAAGUUGAUUAUUAGGUUUAGGUAUUUAAAACAUUAUUUACACACACACACACACA